UUGAAAUUGAGAAGGUAUAUUUCUGAGGGUCAGGCGGUAUAUAUUAUCGAUAAGUCCACUGAUGUUUUUGUUUUGUAAUUUUGAGGUUGGAGCUGUGUAACUGCAUUGCUUCUGCACUCCACACCCCAGUAAACUAUUGCCCUGGUCACAGGGAAAGAAUCGCAUAACAAGCAAAACUACGACAGGAGCGAACGGGACGUGACCACACGGCCACCAAGAUCCACAACAAAGCACCUCCACAAUGGGUUUUCCGGACAAGGCAGAGCGGGCCAAGUGCUGGAGCACGCGCGACGAGUACUGGAAGUGCUUGGACGAAAAUGCGCCUAAGCACAGCUCCACGAGCGGCGAAAAGGUACCCAACGCCUGCAAAGAUUUGCGCAAGGCCUUCGAGCAGUCCUGCCCCGGCCAGUGGGUGAAACACUUUGACCGCAAGCGCACAUACGAGCAGUUCAAGGAAAAGAUGGCCAACGGCUACGACCCGCUGGAUGAGCGUGCCACAGGCGAGAAGCCAGCGAAAUAAAAGCCGGCGCCGGCAUUUGUCGGGUCGGUCUCAGUCGCUCGGUUGUUACGCUGUGUUUUGUAUCGUUAUAGUAUAGUAUAAAUUAAAACAAAUAACAAUCUA